GUGGGGGCGAGCGGGGAGUGGCUGACACGACCACUGUGGAACCCGGCUCUGUGAGUCACAUCCCCCCAGAAACAGUAUGAGUAUAGCCCGGAUCCUCCAGGGGCACAAGAGGUCCUUGCACCUGGAGUUGGGGCCCUGAGAACUGACCUCCAGGGAUGAAACUUCCAGGAACAGAGCCCUGAGAAUGCCCUCAUAAGUAAUACCCCUGCGCAGCUCACAGUGAAGGCUUCUUAAAGCACUUCCAUGCCUGUGAGUUCUGCUGGGCCUCAGAAAAGCCAUGUGAGGUGGGCAGGGUAGGGGCAAUCCCUACUUUAUCAAGGAAAAAACCCAGGCCCAGGGAAAUUUGCCCAAAGCUAGAAAGUGCCAAGCCAGGACAAGACCUGAGGUCUUCUGACUUGCAUCCAAAACUCUUCCCAAGAUGCCCUGUGGCCUCAGCAUCUCUCUCCAUCAGUCAUGGGCCUUACCCUUGGGCCCUUGGGGUCCUGAAGGAGGGCUCUACCAGGGUGCCGUGACUUCAGGCAAAGUGGCUGCAUGACCUGUCACACCCCAGUUCUGGCAUUGCCAUGGUGGUCACUGGACAGAGGCCUGAGCCCUUGCCACAGGGCAGCACCUUGGGACACUUGGGGGAGUUGAAGUGUGAGGGACGGCUGAGGUGCUGGGGAGCUACGGUGAAGUCCCCAGGAACUAUGUUCUACAGGAGGGAAUGCCAGGGAUCAUCUAGUCCCAGCUUCGUUUAUUUCCUAGAUGAAGAAAUUCAGGCUCAGAGAAAAGUAAUGGAUUGCUCAAAGUCCAUAGUUAGUAUCCCCACAUAGUAGGUGCUCAAAAACGUUUGUAAAGAUGAGUUAACUGGUGACUGGUAAGGACUACAGUCAGCAUCUUCUGACUUCAGGCCCAAGUGUCUGCCCAUAUAGCCUUUCUCAGGCCGGGAAAAUUGGUGAUAAGGCUCUUUUAUCCCGAAGACAGAAUGAAAGCAAAUGACCCCAGCACGGAAGCCAAUGAGUAUACAUAAAGCACGGGAGGCCCUGCUAAGAAAAAGCACCAAGACAAAAGAAUAUCAGGCCUGGUCACUGCUAAUAGUCUGGAGGAACUGCUUAGAUGCCUUUUGAACAGGGUGACCCUUUCUUACUCCACACAACAUGUUUUCUCAGCUCCUGACUUCCGCUGUGGUUUGUCAGCACUCUCUUUUUAGCCUAAGAAUAGUUAGCAAACAAGGCAAGUUGUCAUUUCCUCAUCGUCAAGCUUUGUUCCUCGUGGGGGCUAGAAAUCUCUUUCCAGCUCCAGAUUGUGAAGGGCUCCUGAGUAAGCAGCGUGUCUCCGUCCCCCUCUCUAGGGGCUCUUGGAUGGACCUUGCACUCUAGAAGGAACAAUGGACUUCUGGCUUUGGCCACUUUACUUCCUGCCAAUAUCAGGGGCCCUGAGGAUCCUCCCAGAAGUAAAGGUAGAGGGGGAGCUGGGCGGAUCAGUUACCAUCAAGUGCCCACUUCCUGAAAUGCAUAUGAGGAUAUAUCUGUGCCGGAUGGCUGGAUCUGGAACAUGCGGUACCGUGGUAUCCACCACCAACUUCAUCAAGGCAGAAUACAAGGGCCGGGUCACUCUGAAGCAAUGCCCACACAAGAAUCUGUUCCUAGUGGAGGUAACACAGCUGACCGAAAGUGACAGCGGAGUCUACGCCUGUGGAGCAGGCAUGAACACAGACCGGGGAAAGACCAAGAAAGUCACCCUGAAUGUCCACAGUGAAUACGAGCCAUCAUGGGAAGAGCAGCCAAUGUCUAAGACUCCAAAAUGGUUUCAUCUGCCCUAUUUGUUCCAGAUGCCUGCAUAUACCAGUUCUUCCAAAUUUGUAACCAGAGUUACCACACCAGCUCAAAGGACCAAGGUCCCUCCAGUCCACCACUCCUCCCCCACCACCCAAAUCACCCACCGCCCUCGAGUGUCCAGAGCAUCUUCAGUAGCAGGUGACAAGCCCCCAACCUUCCUGCCAUCCACUACAGCCUCAAAAAUCUCAGCUCUGGAGGGGCUGAUCAAGCCCCAGACGCCCAGCUACAACCACCACACCAGGCUGCACAGGCAGAGAGCAUUGGACUAUGGCUCACUGUCUGGGCGGGAAGGCCAAGGAUUUCACAUCCUGGUCCCGACCAUCCUGGGCCUUUUUCUGCUGGCACUUCUGGGGCUGGUGGUGAAAAGAGCUGUCGAGAGGAGGAAAGCCCUCUCCAGGCGGGCCCGCCGACUGGCCGUGAGGAUGCGCGCCCUGGAGAGCCCCCAGAGGCCCCACGGGUCGCCGCGACCGCGCUCCCGAAACAACAUCUACAGCGCCUGCCCGCGGCGCGCUCGUGGAGCGGAUGCUGCAGGCAAGGGGGAGGCCCCCGUUCCAGGCCUCGGAGCGCCGUUGCCCCCCGCCCCGCUUCAGGUGUCUGAAUCUCCCUGGCUCCAUGCCCCAUCUCUGAAGACCAGCUGUGAAUAUGUGAGCCUCUACCACCAGCCUGCCACCAAGAUGGAGGACAGUGAUUCAGAUGACUACAUCAAUGUUCCUGCCUGAUAACUCCCCAGCUGUCCCCCAACCCCAGGCUCAGACUGUGGUGCCAAUGGGUCUCAUCUGUCCGCUGAUGUGCAAUACCUGCUUCAUGUGUUCUCAGAGCUCUCACCACUUCCCAUGACCCAUCUCGACUCCCACCCCAUCUAUCUGUGCCCUGAGCAUGGCUCUGCCCCCAGGCCCUCUUGCACACCUUGGCAGCCCCUUGUAAUUGACAGGUAAGCUGUAGGCAUGCAGAGCAAUUGUCCCAAUGCCACUUGCUUCCUUUCCAAGCCAUCGAACAGGCUGUGGGAUUUUCAGAGCAUUUCUUCCGUAUCUUUGACCACAGGGUUAUUGCUGUCCAGGCUCUAGAUCAGAUGGCAUCAGGCUGGGGCAGAGGCAUAGCUAUUGUCUCGGGCAUCCUUCCCAGGGUUGGGUCUUACACAAAUAGAAGGCUCUUGCUCUGAGUUAUGUGGACAUGCCUCAGCCCCAUGGACUAGGCAGGGGUCUGGUAUAAAAACACUCCUGGAAAUGCCUUUGCCCUGAUCCAAAUGUUAGCACUUGCUAGUGAAUGUCUACUUAUCUCAAGUUCUAUGCUAAAGGCAAUUUGUCUUGAUGUGAUGAUAAACCAAACUUAUUAGCGAGAUAUGCAUAUACAUCCAUAAAUUCUCUUUACUCUGUCUCCA